AUGCGUGGCGGUGGCAUGCGUGGUGGUGGCAUGCGCGGCGGUCGCGGCGGCGGUCGCGGCGGCGGUCGCGGCGGCGGUCGUGGUGGUGCAAGAGGCGCGCGUGGCGGCUCCAAUGUUGUUGUCAAGCCUCAUCGUCAUGAAGGUGUCUUUGUUGCGGAGGGCAAGGAGCACUUGUUGGUGACCAAGAAUCUGGCGCCUGGCGACUCUGUGUAUGGCGAGAAGCGUGUUUCUGUUGAGUCACCUGCAAAUGAGGAUGGCGUCCCUGCUACAAAGAUUGAGUACCGCGUGUGGAACCCAUUCCGUUCGAAGCUCGCUGCGGGUGUGCUUGGUGGUCUGGACAAUAUUCACAUCAAGCCUGGCGCCAAGGUGCUUUACCUCGGCGCUGCAAGCGGCACAAGUGUGAGUCAUGUUGCCGAUAUCGUGGGACCUGAUGGCAUUGUAUACGCAGUCGAAUUCUCGCACCGGUCAGGUCGUGACUUGAUCAAUAUGGCGAAGAAACGGACAAAUGUGAUUCCCAUUAUUGAGGAUGCUCGCCACCCGGCCAAGUACCGCAUGCUCGUCGGCAGUGUGGAUGUCAUUUUUGCCGAUGUCGCACAGCCCGACCAGGCGCGCAUUGUUGCAUACAACGCGGAAUACUUUUUGAAAAACGGAGGAAAUGUUGUCAUUUCGAUCAAAGCCAGCUGUAUCGAUUCUACUGCUGUGCCGGAGGCUGUUUUUGCAGAGGAGGUGAAUAAACUGAAGAAGAGCGUACGUGCUUGGCUCCCCGUUGUCUUACAUCAGUCUUUCCGCCCAAGGGAGCAGCUUACGCUGGAGCCUUAUGAGCGUGACCACGCUAUGCUGGUGGCACAAUACCAGAGGCAUAAGUGA